AUGAAUAAAUACAUGAGCUCAAGUAGUACCAUUUUAAAUAACAAAAAAAAUGUAGAACAAGCUAUUAAAAACAAGUUAGAUACAGAGAAGAAUGUUGAGGGAGGUAAAAACGAAAAAAAUGGCGAAAUGUAUUGUGAGAUAAAAAAGAAUUUAUUAAAACUAGAAAAAGUGUUUUUAGAUAAUGUGCUAUUACAAGUUAAAAAGAAGACAGUUUCUAGUGCCAAAAAUUCUGUCGAAAAGUCAGCUAUAAAUGAGUUAAAUAAAUAUAAAAAAAAUAUUGAAUUGUUGAAAAGUAAAGUAAACAUAGAAGACAAUACAGAUAAAAUAGUGAAGUUAGAAAACAAAUUAAAAGAAAAUGAAGAAAUAUUACUAAAAUUAAAUAAUGACAAAGAAGGUUUAGAAAAUAUUUCAAAGCAACAAUUGAAAGCAAUAGAUGAAAUUUGUCUAAAUGAAACUCAAUUAUCAAUACAAGCAAAAUAUGAAGAAAUUAGACAGUUAAAAGAAGACUUGAUGAAAUUAAAAAAUACAUAUAUGCAAAAUGAAGACAUUCUAAAGAAAAAACAAGAACAGUUAAUUAAUAUAGAUAACCAAUUAAAGAAAAAAAUAUACUCAAUUAAAAGCGUGAAAGGCACUAAUAAUAACAGUAACAACAGCAACAGCAGCAGCAACAACAUCAAUAAUAACAAUAGUAAUAACAAUAAUAGUAAUAGCAAUAAUAAUAGCAAUCUUUCAACGAUGAAUAAUAACAAGAUAUUGUCAAAUUAUCAAAUACAAAAUCUUAAAGCCCAAAUAGAUAUGAUAAAUGAGAAUAUAAAUAGCGACACCCAACAUUAUGAAGAAAAAAUAGCCGAGCUACAAAAAAGUAUCACCUCCUCUGAAAAUGACAUAGAGUUUUUAAAUUCACAAAUAGAAGAAAUAAAGAAGAAUAUUGAAAAUAUCUCUUUAGACAUAAAAAAAAUGAGAAGGCAGAAAAAGGAAAAGUAG